UUUAAUACUAUUUUAGAAAAUUCAAAGAUUAAUUAAAAGAGACAACUUACCAAAUCGAUGGUCCGAUGAUCGAAGUAUUCCUCGUAGUGGAUGCAGAUGGAAUGGAGCGGUUGUACCGUUGGAAGCAAAGUGACACAUGAACGUGGUCAUAAAGACAGGUGGAAAACCGGAAAUCCCAAUGAAGCAUUUGUGCCAAGUGACGCACUUUACGUUUGGCGAGUAUUCCUUCCUAAGUUUUGCGCUAAUUAUAUUAAUUAAAAAACAUUUCAUCGAUAAUAUUUGUUAUUUCUUUAUUAUCUCUUCGAGAACAGCGAGGCUUCAAUAUUUUAUUGAUAACAAAAAAUUGAUAUGCAAAAAUUACCAUGUCUGAACAUAUUAAACAAUAUUCCCGGGAAAAUAUAUUUUGUGACAUCCAAACAGAUUUCGCUGGAGAUGGUAGCAGCACCAAUGGAGGGGGGCCAAUCUUAGAUCUAUAAAAGAGCGCGUCCUGCUAAUUUUUGGACAGUAUGAAAAUACGAUAAUAUAGAUUAAUUAAUAGUAGUUAUUAUACAUCUUGUCGAUUAUUAAAGUUUUUGUGUCAUCAAAAUAGUCGAAGUAUAAUUGUUUCAGCAUAGUCUAGUCCAGCAUAGAAAAAAAAGUAAAAAUGCCUUAUCCUGAAAAGGAAGAAAAUAAUAAAGAGAAUCAAGAAAAAAAAGUGAAAAAGAAAAAAUCAUCCAAGAUAGCUGAAGGACAAUUGAAGGAGAGUGUUAAAGAAUCAAUAGAAGAAAAGAAAAAGGAAACGGAAAAGAAAAAUGAAAUGGAUAAGAAAAAAGAAGAGGAAAGAGAAAAAGAAAAAUCUGAUGUAGAGACAAUAAAAGCAAAAAAUUUACAAGAUAAUGUUUCCGUGGAGAAAUCAAUGAUUUUCAACGCUGUUUCGCUACCUAAAGAAAUAAAGAUUCGAAAUGAAGUAGGAAAAAGUGAUUUGAUCAAAUUAUCAGAGCUAAAAGAAGCAUUUCAAUUAUUUGACUUUAAUUGUGAUGGUAUCAUUGAUUUAGAAGACCUAAAGUUUACUUUCAUAACUAUGGGCAAACCCGAUGUAUCCGAAGAACAAUUACAGCGAAUGUUAUCAGAAAUACCAACUCCGAUUGAUUUUGAUGCGUUUAUUACACUUUUUGGACAAAAAGUUAGUGAAAUGGACUCUGAAGAAGUUAUCACUGCUGCAUUAUCAACUUGGGAUAUGAGAAACAUCGGAAUGAUUCCAGAAAACAAAAUACGGGAUGAUCUUCAAAAAUUUGGUGACAAAUUUACAAUUAAGGAAGUUGAUCGUGCCUUAGAGGAAGCACCAAUUUAUUUGCAAGAUGGUAAUGCAAUGAUAGAUUAUAUUAAAUUUAGUAACAAUAUCUGUGGUUUUCAAAAUCUGGCCAAAGCUAGACAAUAUCAGAAAAAUUUAGAAAAUCCUUAAAAAAUAUAGUUCUGAUAUUCGUUAAUAUUUUGUAGAAUCAAAUGAUAAUUAUGAAAAUAUUCUGUACCCUGCAAACUCUGAAAAUACAAUUUAAUUUAUCGCAAAAUAAAAAAAAAGUAAUUACAUUGCAUAAUUAUUUCGAUAUAUUAAGUAUAUAUAAUCCGAAGAUUUUACGAUAAUUUAACAAAGAAAAAUCUCAUCUUUCAUUAUAGUAUUAUUGACCACCCUUCUUCGGUCUCUCGCCAAAUAUAGCAGUUCCCACCCUUACAUUUGAACUUCCAAGUAAUACCUAUAAAAAAUUUAAUUAACUUGUCUGAUUUAUAUUUCGUGUAGAUAAAAUAUUUCACAAAUUUACCGCGUGUUCAUAAUCGGUAGACAUUCCCAUUGAAAGUUCCACUUUUUUUAUAUCAAGUUCUAAUUCUUUACAUAGAUCUUCUCUACAUUUCUUCAAGCGUAGAAAAUCUGGAUUUGGGCCGUUUGAAGUAUCGUAUCCGUAGAUACCUAUUGUCAUAAGACCAGUAAAUUCCAAUUGUUUACAGUUAUCCAUAAUAUGCUUCACAAGUUCUGUUACUUCUUCUAUUUUGCAACCACUUUUUGCUAAAAAUAUUAAACUUCAUAAAUAAAGUUAUACACGCUCCAAUGGAAUACGAAUAGUUAGUUGUUAUUUUUAUUGUUA